AAGAUCUAAAGAAAUGCAAGCCAAGACAUCAUUGAUAUGUCGAAGUUUUGAAAUUUUUAGAAGCGUUCUAGAAUCUUUGAUGUCUCAUCACCUCGUUUGCUUUGAUAAUAUUCUACCUAGGAAUGCAAGGCUAAUGAAUUCGUCAUGUUGACUCAUGUCGAUCGCCUUCGCACCUCGUUACGGUGAUUGAGGAACAACUUGGAAGCAAUUGGACAUCCGUGCGAUAUCUGUGCUUGGUUUGGAUACCCCGCCGCUUUGUCAAAGGAAGACCCUGAAAAUCAUACGGUUAAUAUUCCGAGUGGAUGCGCUCAACGUAGUCGCAUAAUUGCCGCAUUUGAUACUACGUCGUCGAUAUCACUAUUGACCUGCGAAUCAUGGAUCCUCUGAUCGCUUCCGAGCUUGCCAGAAGCGCUGAUGGCAUUCCCUUACGCGCGAAGGAGAAUCAUGUCCACAGCACUUGGGCCAAGACUUUCUUGUCACGACCUGAACUGUAUUUCCAACCGGAGACGCUGCCUGAGAUUGAAAAGAUCGUAAGGUUGGCGCACAAAUGUCGUCGCCGUAUCACGACUACCGGCUGCGGCCAUUCGCCCAGCUCACUGACUUGUACUUCAUCUUGGUUGGUCAACCUUGAUAAGUAUAAUCGCAUCCUUUCCGUGGACGCUUCUACAGGAGUCGUCGUUAUGCAGUCGGGCAUCAGGUUAUAUGCGCUUUGCGAGGAACUUGAGAAGUAUGGGUUUGCGAUGCCAAACCUGGGUAGCAUCAAUCAGCAAUCUAUCGCCGGCGCUAUCUCUACCGGCACCCAUGGAUCAAGUCUUAGGCAUGGCUUGAUGUCCGAGGAUAUUCUAUCUUUGCGCAUAACCGUCGCAGAUGGCACUACCAAGUUCUGUUCGCCUGAGAAAAACCCAGAGUUGUUCCGCGCCUCUAUUCUUUCUUUAGGCGCUCUCGGUAUCAUAACUGAAAUUACAUUCCGGGCCGUGCCUGAGUUCACCUUGCGUUGGCAGCAAGUUAUCGAUACUGAUGUGAAGAUGCUAGAUGCAUGGGAGAAGGACCUCUGGACACAGACCGAGUUCGUCAGAGUUUGGUGGUAUCCGUAUACACGGCGUGCAGUGGUGUGGACGGCAGAGAAGACCGAUGAACCACUCGUACCUCCACCAAUAUCAUACUAUGACGGCACACUUGGCUACUACGUCUACCACAACCUACUAUACGUCUCACAAUUCUUCCCACGAAUCCUCCCUUGGGUUGAGUGGUUCGUAUUCGGCAUGCAAUACGGCUUCCGCAACGGCACAACCAGCCAAGCCGUGCAACCCAGCCGUAAAGCACUAUUAAUGAACUGCCUGUACUCACAAUUCGUCAACGAAUGGGCCAUCCCCCUACACAAAGGCCCCGAAGCUCUCCGACGGCUAAGUAGUUGGUUAAACCAACUUCCACCUUCGGAUCCCGAUUACGUUCCACAUAAUAUCCCCUUCUCAGCAGAAGGGCUUUACGUUCACGCUCCGGUCGAAGUACGCGUUUCUAAUACUUCGCCUUCUAACCCGAAGUCGCAAAUCCCGAAUACUAGACCGUUUCUCGAUCCAACGGUUGAGGAUGGCCCGACGUUGUAUCUUAAUGCUACGCUUUAUCGACCGUAUUUUAGUGACCCCCCGUGUCGCGAUAGGUAUUAUGAGGCGUUUGAGUGGUUGAUGAGGGAGUUGGGUGGCCGACCGCAUUGGGCGAAGAAUUUUGAGACGGAUGGGGUGGAGAUUGAGGGUAUGUAUGGUAGUAAUCUACGGGAAUGGCGGAAGGUUAGGGAAAGUGUUGAUCCGGAUGGGUUGUUUGCUGGGGCUUGGCAUAGGAGGUUUGUACUUGAGGGUGGUCCUGUUCUUCCGCUGGAGGAGGCGGAGAUUGGUAGGAAACCAAAUCCUACCGGAGGUGUUGUGUUUGAGGGCGAUGUUGGAACGGCGCGGUAGUGAUUGGAUAUGAUACGGUGUAUGAGAGAUGGAGCUUAUGGCAACUCCGACAUUAGGCUAGAUAUUUGGAUGGAGGCGCCUUCUAGAUAUGUAAAGUUAAUGGAAGCAUGGUUGAGGCUUGCAUGGGUAAGGGCUACCUGGAUGCCUACCCCUAUUUGUGAUAAAAGGAAAGGUAGACGGCUACUACCACUGAUGGUUAAGCUAGCUAUGA